GCCGCCCGGCUCCACCUCCGGUGGUGGCGGGGAGGAGCUGCCCCGCCCCACAGCGCUGCCCCUCCGCGCCCCGGCCGCGCUAGCAGGUGGACCCCGGGGAGGCACUUGCGGGGUCCCCCGGGAUCGGAUCCCUCCCCUUGGAAGCCCCGCGACCGGCUGCCCCCGGGGAGGAUGUGGGGCGACGAGAACUCACUGUUAUGUGGUUUUGCACAUCUUCACAGAUAAACCAGUCAGUGAUCCAAACAAUGACCAUGCUGAAAACAGGAGUUCAUACUGGAAUCAAGACAUUGCGGUUUCAGUGGGAAUCAAGAACAUAAGGGCAAACAUGGGCAAAAAUCAUCACUUCUCCCAGAUGUUCUGCGAGAGGCCCUGACCCUCCGCGGUGCCUUUGUGCCGGCAGCUGAUGCUAUCGCCUCCCAUUGCCGUUUGACGUUUUUUGGCAUUCUCAAGACUUGGAGCGGCACACGGCAGCAUUUUUCACAAUUCUUCACCGAGCACCCGGGCCCCAAGGGCUGCCCGGAGGCACCGGCACUGCCGGAUGCGCCGGAGGGACCCGGCGGGGCGCGGUCCGACCCGCUUUACCCUCGCUCCUCCGCCAAGGGGACACAGAUGGCUCCUUGCUACGGCUGUGGCCGCGGCCUGGCGGGGAGCAACAGCAUCGCGUAACGCGAAGAACGGGGAGGAUCCCAGAGUUCGGUUCCUCCACCGAGCCGCGGCCCGGGCCCAUCCUCCGGUCCCGCCCCGCGCCGGUUCCGCUUCCCUCACGUGACGCGGUUUUGUCCUGCGCGGCCACCGUCGCGGCAAGAUGGCGGCGGCGGAGUCCAGCGACAGCGAUGAGGAGGAUUUGGCGAUCUUUGGGACCGCGCUGCAGCCCCUGCAGGAGGGUGAACGAAUUAAGAAGCCAAUUCCUCUUCAGGAGCAGACUGUUAAAGAUGCAAAGGGGCGAUACCAGCGAUUCCAUGGAGCAUUCACUGGUGGUUUCUCUGCUGGUUACUUUAACACGGUUGGCACAAAGGAAGGAUGGACUCCUUCAGCUUUUGUUUCAUCACGUCAGAAAAGAGCAGACAGAACCACUUUUGGACCAGAAGACUUCAUGGAUGAAGAGGAUCUUAGUGAGUUUGGGAUUGCACCAAAAGAUAUUACAACCACAGAUGAUUUUGCAUCCAAAGCUAAAGACAGAAUAAAAGAAAAAGCCAGGCAGAUUGCUGGAGUAGUUGCUGCCAUUCCUGGAACCACAGCCUUUGAUGAUUUAAUAGGACCAUCAAAAAUUACUAUUGGGGUUGAACUACUAAGAAAAAUGGGCUGGAAAGAAGGACAAGGAAUUGGACCACGAGUCAAAAGAAAGCCACGCAGGCAGAAACCUGAUCCUACAGUGAAAGUAUAUGGUUGUGCAUUACCACCUGGACUGUCUGAGGGUUCUGAGGAUGAAGAGGAUGAAUACCAGCCAGAGAAUGUGACAUUUGCACCAAAAGAUGUAAUGCCUGUAGACUUGACUCCAAAAGAGAAUGUCCAUGGACUUGGCUAUAAGGGUUUGGACCCCUCACAAGCUUUGUUUGGUGCCUCAGGAAGAGAACACUUGAAUCUUUUCACAGGUGCUUCUGAAGACUCAAGCAAUUUACUUGGUGACCUGAGACACAGUAAAGGGAGAAAACUAGGUAUCACAGGUCAGGCUUUUGGUGUAGGAGCUUUAGAGGAGGAGGAUGAUGAUAUUUAUGCAACUGAAACACUGUCAAAAUAUGAUACAGUUCUAAAAGAUGAGGAACCAGGAGAUGGCUUGUAUGGCUGGACGGCACCUAAGCAGUAUAAAUCCAAAAAAAGGUCUGAAAAAGAAGUUAAGUACAUAGGCAAAAUCUUGGAUGGUUUUUCUUUGGCAUCAAAAUCAUCAACUCCAAGUAAGACUUAUCCACCACCUGACCUGCCACGGAAUUACAGACCCGUGCAUUACUUUCGACCUGUGGUACCAGCUGGGAAUGAAAGCUGCCACUUACGGAAGGCAUUAGAGGAAUCAACUGGAAAACUGGAGGGUGAUGUGACACAGCAAAGCAGGCACGCUUUGAAUGCAUCUCAGAGGAGGGAAAGACUAGGAGAGGCUGACCUAAAAGGUCCAGCUCCUUCUGUUUUGGAGUAUCUGUCUGAGAAAGACAGGGAAAGACUCAAAGAAGUGAAACAAGCAUCUGAACAACAAAUGAAAGCGAGGAUGUUGCCUCAGGAGUCACGAAAUAGCAGAUUCCAGCCAGCAUCCCCUGAUGAUGCUUCUCAAAAAUGGCAAAUGUUGUUGGGGGGACAGUUAGCAGAUGCUGGUUCCAGUGACUUCAAACCAUUUGCAAGAAAUCCAGAAAAACAAAGAAGAUAUGAAAGUUUUGUGAAAAGUCUUAAACAAGGAGAAAAAGUAGAUACAUUGGAGCGUUAUUUAGACCCAAAUAUGACAGAAUGGGAGCGAGGAAGAGAACAAGAGGAGUUCUUCCGUGCAGCAAUGUUCUACAAAUCCUCAAAUUCAACUCUGUCAUCCAGGUUUACUCGGGCCAAAUACGAGGAUGAUGUUGACAAAGUUGAAGUUCCUCGGGACCAAGAGAAUGAUAUUGAUGAUAAGGAAACAGCUGUGAAGAUGAAAAUGUUUGGCAAACUCACAAGAGACAAUUUUGAAUGGCAUCCUGAAAAGCUGUUGUGUAAAAGAUUUAAUGUUCCUGAUCCAUAUCCUGAUUCUUCAAUUGUUGGGUUACCAAAAGUGAAACGAGAUAAAUAUUCUGUGUUUAAUUUCUUAACUGUGCCUGAGCCCACCACAUCUGUAACUCCAGCAACAAAUGAAAAAACCCAACAGAAUAACACUCUCAACAAACCAAAGAAAGCUUCAAGAUGGGACGUGUCAGAUAAAGAGAAGGAGAAAAAAGAUUCCAUCAGUGAAUUCAUUAGUCUUGCGAGAUCAAAAGCUGAUAUUCAGCAGCAACCACCAGUGCCAGGAACAGCAGAAUGUGGAACUGGGCCGAGUGAAACUCUUCCCACUGAGGUAUCUAAGGAAGAUAAGAAAGAAACUAACGAAAAUAAGAAAGAAGCUAAUGAAGAACAGGAAGAAGAAAGCAGACCACCCAUGGACUUGUUUAAGGCCAUCUUUGUGAGUUCCUCAGAUGAAAAAUCAUCUUCCUCUGAAGAAGAGAGUGAUGAAGAAGAGCGUGAUGAAAACGACCAACCAACUACUUCAGUAACAGAUUCAGAAACCACCAAACAAGCUGAUUUACCAGACAGUUCCUCAUCUUGUGCACAAGAAAAUCUGGCUGGUACUACUGAUCCUGGCAUUUCUUUGUUGCCUACUUCAAAGCAGGAAUUGGAUACAGCAGAGGAAUUUGGACCAAAGUUGCCUCCAGCUUUUACUUCUGGCCCUAGUUGGCAACAAGGACCAGUAGUGCCAGCAAGUUUUCCUGGGCCUAGUAGGAAAGAAAAACAUAAGAAGAGCAGAGAGAAACACAAGGCUAAGAGAGAACACAAACACAAAAAGGAAAAGAAAAAGAAACAUAAGAAACAGAAAGCCAAAGGAAAACAUAAGAAUAAAAAAACAGAAAAAGACAGCAGCUCAGAUACUACAGAUAGCAGUGACAGUCUUAGUGAUACAGAUACCACAGGCUUGUCACCCAGAGAACUUCUAAGAAGAUUAAAACAACUUCAGUAUUGAAGAAGUAGCUUGCUUCCUUCGGUACUGUGUGACUUGAUCUCAAAUUUUUGAUCUCCUCCAUGAUGGUAGAUCAAUCAUGUAUACCUUGAAGCACUGUAGAUACUGUAUUCAUAUUGAAUUUGUUUGAAAGUAUAUGUGCAUAUGUUUAUUUUGUGUUGCUUCAUAUGUUCAAAAUGUAUGGAUUAUGGAAUGUUGAAAAGACCUGUCUGUGGGCAGGAGCAUAAUUGGAAAUACUGCAGGCUCUCUUUUGAUUAACACGAAACAAGGUAUUUUAAUAAACCUAAGUAU